AUGUCUCACGGACGAAGAGCCGAUGCUGCUCAUUCUCCGGCAAAUGCUGGAGGAGCAGCGACAAGCGCGGCGAGAGAUGCAGGCGAUAGCAUUGCUCCACAGCAGCUACAACAACAGCAACCGCAGCAGCAACAGCAACCGCAACAACAACCGCAGCAGCAACCGCAACAGCAACCGCAGCAGCAAUCGCAACAGCAACCGCAGCAACAGCCGCAGUCGCAGUCGCAGCCGCAAUCGCAGCCGCAGUCGCAGUCGCAGCCGCAAUCGCAGCCGCAGUCGCAGCCGCAGUCGCAGCCGCAGUCGCAGCCGCAGUCGCAGCCGCAGUUGUACAAUGAAAAUAUAGACGAGAAGCCGGGCGAGCGAGGGCUCGAUGGUAUAACCAAAGAGGAGGGCAUUUUUAUGGCCGUGGUCGCGGACGCGGCAGUCACGGUGGCCGCGGUGGUCGCGGUGGCCGCGGUGGUCGCAGUGGCCGCCAUAUAA